AUGGGCAGGAGCGGCAAGCAGUUGGCGGCGGCACAGGCAAAGGUGGACCGGGAGGCAUACGCGCUCGCCGAGGCGCUCCCGCUGGUCAAGCGCCUGACGUUCGCCAAGUUCGACGAGACCGUCGAGAUGGUGAUGCGCCUCGGCGUCAACCCGCGACAUGCCGAUCAGAUGGUGCGCGGGACAGUGGUGCUGCCGCACGGCCUGGGCCGCAGCAAGUCGGUCGUCGUGAUCGCCGGCCCCGACAAGCAGGCGGAGGCGGAGGCGGCGGGCGCCGAGACCGUGGGGGGCGAGGAGGUGGUCGCGAGGAUCGCCGGUGGUUGGCUGGACUUCGAGGCGGUGGUGGCGACCCCCGACAUGAUGCGUGUGGUGGGCAAGCUGGGGCGCGUGCUCGGGCCGCGCGGCCUGAUGCCGAAUCCGAAAACCGGCACCGUCACGAUGGAUGUUCGCCGGGCGGUCGAGGAAAUCAAGGCGGGCAAGGUGGAGUUUCGCGUCGACAAGGCAGGUGUCGUGCAUGUGCCGAUCGGCAAGGUGUCGUUCGAGCCGCAGCAGUUGCUUGACAACGCGUCGGCGCUCGCCGCGAGCGUGAUCAAGGCCAAGCCGGCCGCCGCCAAGGGACGUUAUGUCCGGAGCGUCACGGUCUCGUCGACGAUGGGCCCGGGCGUGCCGGUCGAUACCGCGAGCGUGGAGGCAGAGGCGAAAGCCUAA